AUGGCCCCCGAACUAGCCGAAUUCACCUUCCUGCCCCUCGGCGCGAUCAUCCAGGAGUUUCGUGUCGCCGGGAAGAACAUCGUGCUGGGCUUCCCCACACAGGAUCACUACGUCAAGUACAACACCCCGCAUUAUGGUGCCACCAUUGGCCGCGUCGCCAAUCGCCUCAAGGACGGCGUCAUUCACUCUCUAAAUGGCCGUGAGUACGAACUCGCCAAAAACAAUGGUCCCAAUGCCUUGCACGGUGGAGAAAAUGGCUGGGGCAAGCGUAUCUUCGACGGGCCACACACCGUCCAACGUCAGGGCCGCGACGCCUUGCUCUUUAAAUACCUCUGCAAGGACGGCGAGGAGGGAUACCCGGGCACCGUCGAAGUGCGCGUCUGGUACACGGCCAGCAAGGAGGAUGACGGCGCCGCGAAGACCGUGUUGACCGCCGAGUACGAGGUGGAAUUUGUCGGGGACGAAUGUGAAGAGACGGUGGUCAAUCUCACAAACCACAGCUACUUCAACAUUGGCGACGGCCCAACCGUGUCCGGAACCACCGCCCAGCUCACAACGGCCGACUACCUCCCGCUCGACACCACGGGAAUCCCACAGGGCACCAUCAAAAAGUUCCCGCGGGAUGUGACGACCCCCUUCGAGCUCCAGCCAUCCGAACCGCACAUCGACGACGUGUUCGUCGUGGACACCAACCCGGCCAAGGUCCCGCUGGACACGCGCAGCCUGCCACUGCGUCGCCUGGCCCAGUUCAGUCACCCCACCACGCGCCUGCAUCUGGAGGUGCACAGCACCGAGCCCGCGUUCCAAUUCUACACGGGCAAGUAUAUUGAUGUGCCGGGGAUCGAUGGGGCCCCGCCGCAUGGCGAGGGGGCCGGGUUCUGUGUCGAGCCCAGCCGGUUUGUGAAUGCCAUCAACGAGCCCAAGUGGCGGUCCAUGGUCCUGCUCAAGAAGGGCCAGGUAUUUGGCUGCAAGAAUGUCUAUAAGUCGUGGAAAGCGUGA